GCGGGCCUCUGGGGGGGGGGGGGCCGCAACAUUUUUUUUUCCCCACCGGUCUAAAUUCGUGACGGGCGGCGAAGCGCCCUGAGCCGGCCUGACCAUGCUGGUGCUGUUUGAGACGUCCGUCGGCUACGCCAUCUUUAAGGUUCUCAAUGAAAAGAAACUUCAAGAGGUUGAUAGUUUGUGGAAAGAAUUUGAAACUCCGGAGAAAGCCAAUAAAAUAGUAAAGCUGAAACAUUUUGAAAAAUUUCAGGAUACAGCAGAAGCAUUAGCAGCAUUCACAGCUCUGAUGGAGGGCAAAAUCAAUAAGCAGCUGAAGAAAGUUCUGAAGAAAAUAGUAAAAGAAGCCCAGGAACCCUUGGCUGUGGCUGAUGCUAAACUAGGAGGGGUUAUAAAGGAAAAGCUGAAUCUCAGUUGUAUCCACAGUCCCGUUGUUAAUGAGCUUAUGAGAGGAAUUCGUUCUCAGAUGGAUGGUUUAAUUCCUGGGGUAGAGCCACGAGAAAUGGCAGCUAUGUGUCUUGGAUUGGCACACAGUUUGUCCCGAUACCGAUUGAAAUUCAGUGCAGAUAAAGUGGACACAAUGAUUGUUCAGGCAAUUUCCUUAUUGGAUGAUUUAGAUAAAGAAUUAAACAACUACAUUAUGCGGUGUAGAGAAUGGUAUGGCUGGCAUUUCCCUGAAUUAGGAAAAAUUAUUUCAGAUAAUUUGACAUAUUGCAAAUGUCUACAGAAAGUUGGUGAUAGGAGGAAUUAUGCCUCUGCCACACUUUCUGAAUUACUACCUGAGGAAGUUGAAGCAGAGGUGAAGGCUGCUGCAGAGAUAUCUAUGGGAACGGAGGUUUCAGAAGAAGAUAUUUGUAACAUUCUGCAUCUGUGCACUCAGGUGAUUGAAAUCUCAGAAUAUCGAACCCAGCUCUAUGAAUAUCUACAAAAUCGAAUGAUGGCCAUUGCACCCAAUGUCACAGUCAUGGUUGGCGAAUUAGUUGGAGCACGACUUAUUGCCCAUGCAGGUUCUCUCUUGAAUUUGGCCAAACAUGCGGCUUCUACCGUUCAGAUUCUUGGAGCAGAAAAGGCACUCUUCAGAGCCCUCAAGUCUAGACGAGAUACUCCUAAAUAUGGGCUCAUUUAUCAUGCUUCACUUGUAGGCCAGUCAAGUCCCAAACACAAAGGAAAGAUUUCUCGAAUGUUGGCAGCCAAGACUGUUCUGGCUAUUCGGUAUGAUGCGUUCGGUGAAGAUUCCAGUUCUGCCAUGGGAGUUGAGAACAGAGCCAAAUUAGAGGCCAGGUUAAGGACCUUGGAAGAUAGAGGGAUAAGGAAAAUUAGUGGAACAGGAAAAGCUUUAGCAAAAGCAGAAAAAUAUGAACAUAAAAGUGAAGUGAAGACUUAUGAUCCAUCUGGUGACUCUACACUGCCAACCUGUUCUAAAAAACGCAAGAUAGAACAGGUAGAUACAGAAGAAGUUAUUGAAAAGAAAGCUAAAAAACCCAAGAUUAAAAUUAAAGUUGAAGAGGAGGAGGAGGAAGAGGCACCGGAGGAAGCAGCAAUGGUAGUGGAAGAAGAACAGGAAACAUCUGUGAAAAAGAAAAAGAAAAAAGACAAAAAGAAACACAUAAAAGAAGAACCAGUUUCUGAUGAGGAGCCAUGCACCAGCACAACUGUUAUUAGUCCAGAGAAAAAGAAGAAAAAGAAAAAAAAGAGAGAUAAUGAGGACUAAUGGAAGGGAACCAUAAUUGAAUUCACCUGGAUACAUCAUGCUUAAGACUGGAAGACUGGAGAAAACAAAGUGAUUAAUUAAUUGUGUAUAUUUGUCACAUAGCAUAAACUGCUAACUUUAAUAUAUCAUUUCUUAGAGUCUUUGUUAUACAAAUAAAAUAUUUUCUUUGUAUUUUAA